UAGGUCAAAUAAUCACCAGAUAAAUUUAAAAACUUUUAAUUGUGUUGACUUUGUAUCCAAUUGAUGGAAUGAAGUGCUUCAAUGAAUUUAAAUGAGGAUUGUAAUCUUUUUAUUCAGCAUUCUAAAGUUUUAUUAUGAGUAGACAAGUUUUGUGUCAUAUUUUUGGUUGAUCAUGGGUGAAAGAAUUCUAGUGUUCCUACUCAUUCUUUUCAGUUAUUUGUUGGUUGCUGUGGUAACAAAAACAUCAUCUGAUGAUUACAAUGCACUUACGCUUAUAAAGUAUGAUUGGAAGAAUACGCCACCAAGUUGGGAUAACUCAGAUGAUCCUUGUGGCGGAAAUUGGGACGGCAUUGUGUGCAUCAAUUCACGUGUUACCGCCAUAUCAUUGGUAAGCAUGGAUUUGUUUGGCCAGCUUUCAUCAGAGAUUGGAUCACUAUCUGAAUUGCAGAUUUUGGAUUUGUCCUACAAUAAGAAUUUAACAGGACCGCUUCCGGCUGAAAUUGGAAACUUGAAAAAGCUGACAAACUUACAGCUUAUUGAUUGUGGUUUCUUCGGUCCUAUCCCAGAUACAAUAGGAAAUCUACCGCGGCUUGUAUUCCUAUCAUUGAAUUCUAAUAGAUUUAGUGGACAAAUUCCAGCUACUAUUGGUAAUCUCUCAAAUCUUUAUUGGUUAGACUUAGCAGAAAACCAGCUUGACGGUUCCAUCCCAAUAUCUAAUGGAACGACUCCAGGUCUCGAUAUGCUGCACAAAACGAAACACUUUCAUUUUGGGAAGAAUAAGCUUUCGGGGAACAUUCCAGCUCAACUUUUUAGCUCUAAUAUGUCUUUGGUACAUGUGCUUUUUGAAAGCAACAAAUUUGAUGGCAGAAUUCCAUCUACACUUGGACUUGUACAGAAACUGGAAGUGGUGCGCUUGGAUAACAAUUCAUUAACCGGAUCUUUGCCUCAAAACAUCAACAAUCUUACAAAAGUUAGAGAAUUGUUCCUGUCACACAAUCGCCUAUCCGGAUCCCUGCCAAACCUUACUGGAAUGAAUGUCCUCAGCUACCUGGAUUUGAGUAACAACUCUUUCGAUCAAUCAGACUUUCCACCAUGGUUAUCUACUCUACAGUCUCUAACAACAAUAAUGAUGGAGAAUAUACAACUUCAAGGACCUAUUCCUGUUUCUUUGUUCAGCCUAGUACAGUUACAGACAGUGAUUCUGAAGAACAACGGGCUGAAUGGCACUUUAGAAAUUGGCUCUACAUUUAGUGACCAACUAGGACUCAUUGAUUUGCAGUUUAAUAAUAUUGAAGAUGUUGAGUUUGAUCCACAAAUUAAUGUCUCUAAUGUGGACAUAAUACUAGUGAAUAAUCCAGUUUGCACCGAAACAGGAGUUGUAGAGAAUUACUGCUCGAUUACAAAACCGAAUGACACAUAUACAACGCCGCUAGAUAACUGUAUUCCGGUUGAAUGCAACUUGAAUCAGAUAUUAAGUCCGAAAUGCAAAUGUGCAUACCCAUAUACAGGAACUUUAACUCUUAGAGCUCCUUCUUUCUCUGACUUGGGAAACAAGUCUGUGUUUGUAAUGCUAGAGAAGACUCUGAUGGAGUCUCUAAUAAGUCAUGAUAAACCUGUGGACUCAGUUUCGAUAAGCAAUCCAAGGAAGAGUACAGAUCAGUAUCUUGAUUUGAGUUUACAAAUAUUUCCAUCAGACAAAGAAUCUUUCAAUAGAACCGGUAUUUCUGGCAUAGGCUUUAUGCUUAGCAACCAAACAUACAAGCCUCCUGGUGAUAUUUUCGGACCAUUUUAUUUCAUCGCUGAUAAAUACGAACACUAUCUAGAAGAUUCAGUACUACAAAAUGGUCCUGUGAAAUCUAGUAAAUCGUCUAAUAUCGGCAUCAUAGCUGGAGCCGCUAUUGGUGGUUGUGUCCUGGUUGUGCUAUUACUCCUUGCAGUUGUUUACGGUUUCCGCCAAAAGAACAAGGCAAGAAGAGCAACUAACAAAAGCAAUCUUUUUGAACAAUGGGGUCCUGAUGAGAGCAAUAGUAGCAUCCCACAGUUAAAAGGUGCGAGGCGCUUCACUUUCGAAGAGAUUCAAAACUGCACCAAAAAAUUCUCACAACUCAAUUAUAUAGGAUCUGGGGGUUAUGGCAAGGUUUAUAGGGGAACUCUUCACAAUGGACAACUAGUUGCCGUAAAACGAGCCCAAAAUGAAUCAAUGCAAGGAGGAUUGGAAUUCAAAACUGAGAUUGAACUUCUAUCAAGGGUCCACCAUAAAAAUCUUGUUAGUCUUAUUGGUUUCUGCUUUGAGCAAGGAGAACAAAUAUUGGUUUAUGAGUAUGUUGUGAAUGGUACUUUGACAGAUGCUCUUUCAGGGAAGUCAGGAAUUAGAUUGGACUGGAUUAGAAGGCUAAAAAUAGCUCUUGGUACUGCUAGGGGGUUGGAUUAUCUUCAUGAACAAGCCAAUCCUCCUAUCAUUCAUAGAGACGUCAAAUCGACAAACAUUUUACUUGACGAACGCUUGAACGCUAAAGUAUCUGAUUUUGGUCUCUCCAAGCCUUUGAGUGAUGGCGCAAAAGGUUAUAUGACCACUCAAGUCAAAGGGACAAUGGGCUACUUGGAUCCGGAGUAUUACAUGACUCAACAAUUGACUGAGAAGAGUGAUGUUUAUAGCUUUGGAGUGCUAAUGUUAGAGUUAAUAACUGCAAGAAGGCCAAUAGAAAGAGGGAAAUAUAUUGUGAAAGUGGUUCGGAAUUCUCUUGACAAGACAAAAGAAUUAUAUGGUCUUAAGGAAAUCCUCGAUCCUAUCAUUGAUUUCAAGGAAUCAUUGAACAGCUUUGAAAAAUUUAUCGAUAUUACAAUGAAAUGUGUUGAAGAUUCAAGUUCAAAUAGGCCUUCAAUGAAUUAUGCAUUUAAAGAAAUUGAAAACAUGUUGCUGUUGGCUGGCACAAACCCGAAUGCUGCAUCAGCAUCAUCUAGUUAUAAUGCAAGUGGAAGUUCUAUGCAUCCUUAUGAUAAUGAGUACUUUGAUUCAAGUAUAGUACUUCCACGUGCGUAAAUUGUACCUAUGUAGGAUUUUUUUUUCAUGCUUGUUGAAGUGAUAUGUAAAGUGACGACGUCGUUAAUCUUGUGUGUAUUAUAUUGUUAGCUUAAGAUUGAACAUGAUUGAAGGUGAAGUUUGGUGUUAGUUUCUUGUUUACUUUCAGGUUUUUUGUUACAUGAAUUUUGUAACAUAUAUUACUUUUGAACAUAUUAUUGAAAUGGAUUCUAGUCA